CAUUAACCCGUCGGGUGUGAGAUACAUGCCCACCCCACACACACCACACGCGUUCCUCGGGCGGCCAUGUUUGUUAAGGGAAGGGGACCAAAGGAAAGUGACAGCCUUGGGCUGAAGGCCGGACGCCCUCCGGCCAAAAGGACCGUGGGGUAUGGAGGCUCCUGCGCCGACCUCGCACGCCACCGGCUUUCCAGCCGAGGGCAGAUGCAGCUACUUUGUGGAAAAGAAGAAGCGCUUCUGCAGGAUGGUGGCGGCCGCGGGGAAAAGGUUCUGUGGUGAACACGCUGGAGCCGCGGAGGAAGAAAAUGCUCGGAAAAGAAUCUUGUGUCCUUUAGAUCCAAAACACACAGUAUAUGAAGACCAACUAGCAAAACAUUUAAAAAAAUGUAACUCAAGAGAGAAGCCAAAGCCUGAUUUCUUUACUCAAGAUGUAAAUGCAGGAUUAAAGGAAGAAAUGGACAUUUCUGAGCAAUUAGUUCCAUUUUCUUCUCUGACUGAAGAGCAGUUGGAAAACUUAAUUAAGAAAUUAAGAAAAGCAAGUGAAGGCUUGAAUUCUACACUUGAAGAUCACAUUAUGUCCCAUCCAGCAUUACAUGAUGCCCUGAAUGACCCUAAAAAUGGUGACUGUGCAGUCAAGCACCUGAAACAGCAGGCUUCUAUUUUAGGUAACAUUGAAAAAUUAAAGUUACUUGGUCCAAGAAGAUGCUUUGUUGAGUUUGGAGCAGGAAAGGGGAAGUUAUCUCACUGGGUUGAUAUUGCCUUAAAAGAUGCUGAAAACAUUCACUUCAUCCUGGUAGAGAAAAUGACUACAAGAUUCAAGGUAGAUGGUAAACAUAGAAAGGAGAGCUCAGUGUUUGAAAGACUUCAGAUCGAUAUUCAACACUUGUGUCUGAACAGGGUUCCUGUGCUCAGAGAAGGAAGACUGCCUGUGGUAGGAAUUGGGAAGCAUCUGUGCGGGGUCGCAACAGAUCUUGCAUUACGAUGUUUGGUUGAAACCUAUGCUGCCAGUUUUGAGGAAAGGAAUGAAGAGCCUUUAGCCAAACGCAUACGGAACGAUAGAAGAGACCAGGAAAGUAGCACUUUGUCCAAGGAAGAAAGUGAAGCAAAUGCCCCGGAGACGUGGGCCCCCGUGGCUGGCAUUGUCAUUGCGCUCUGCUGUCACCACAGGUGUGACUGGAGACACUAUGUGGGCAAAGAGUACUUCAGGGCUCUGGGCCUUGGGCCGGAGGAGUUCUACUAUUUCCAGAGAAUGAGUAGUUGGGCAACGUGUGGAAUGAGGACAUCUUUGGGAGCCUCAGAUAUCACUACAAAGAGAAAAGAUGAUCAGAAUUACGACAACGAAGAGCAUGAUGACGGAGGAGACAGACUCCCAGAUGGCAGCACUGAUAGUGUGCCUGGAGCUCUUACUGCUGAAGAAAAGAAGGAUAUAGGACAUCUUUGCAAACUGCUGAUUGACCAAGGCCGACUCCAGUAUUUACAGCAGAAAGGCUUCCGUCCUGCCUUGCAGUACUAUGCAGACCCGUUGGUGUCUCUGGAGAACGUAUUACUAACUGCUGUACCAGCUCAUCUGUCAUCGCAGGAAGCAGCGCAGUAACAAAAGAAGUGUGAACGUCACUUGUCGUCUCAAACAAAAAAUUUACAUUAUAUUUUUAUAUUCACAAAAAUAUAAAUAGCAGGGUUUUGUUUUUUUUGUGUGUGUAUGUUUUUGUUUUUUUUUUUUACUUCCAAAGUCCAAACAGAGGAUUCACCAAGUUCUCCCAAGUAUUCCUUUUCAGCAGGGCCCUUUGAAUUACUUUAUCCAUCAAAGUGUAUAGAGAUUGGCAGAGUCAGACCGUUGACUUGGUCAUCUGAAACACAUAUAAUACAUCAACAUAUAAUUACAGUAUAAACUAUGUGUAUUCUGGGAAAUUUAUCUUUGGUUUUAUUUGAUAUGUUUUAUUUUUUGAGCUCCAAUUAUAAUAACCAAUGCCAGUUUGUAUCAAGGGUCAGUCUGAGUGUGGGACUUUUUUCAGAAUGGGUCUAGAAAGAAUACUUGCAAUUUUCUCAAAUGCAGACAAAUUUAGAAAUGUAGGAAUUGGUAAAUGACAUCACCAUUGAAGUUCCAGAGCCAUACCUGGAUUUGUGCUCUCAGUCUGUUCAUGACUCCAGAACCGAAGAGAUGAUUUCAAGGGGAAAAUAAUCUUACUUUAGGUCUUUGCUGGGUAAUUAUCUAGUGCAAACUUCUAAAGAAGGUUGCUUGUAAACAAGUCACCAAUCAAAUUUGAAAGUUGCAUUAUAGCUUCUAGAGUUAAUUCAGUACCUUUUACCAGCCUCUUAUGUAUAAAUGUAACUAUAAAAAAAUAAGUAGGUUUUCUCCUGUUUGGGAAAAUAAUUAGUUUUUGUUUGUAUGUUCUGAGACAGGGUCUCAUUUGCUAAUCCUUGGCCAGCCUGGAACUCAGAGAUACUCCUGCCUCUUCCCUCCAAGUGCUGGGAUUAAUAUCAUGUGCCCAUGCCAGCAGAAAAAGUAAUUUGGAUUAAAGUACAAAUUAGAUAAUGAAACCAAAACCUCACAUUUAGGCUUUACAUAACUGAUAAGUAGUUUCUAUGCACAAGCAAAUAUUAAACUAGAUAUGUCAUAAGAAUAUUCCUCUUCCACAUCUUACCUUGGAUUUGUUUCUACAUUUGUAAACAUUAUUUUAGUUGUUGGUAAAUAUGGCAAAGAGGAAGAUUCAGAAUCACUGACUUUAGAUAUUAGAAUGACACUGGGGUCACUAUCUGUAGGCCUAUCACUAAGUAGAAGCCAAACACCCUUACCUCCUGGCCUUUCUGUUUUAAUUGAAUCUCGUGUGUUGUUGGAUUGCCUAGGUUUAAAUUCCAACCCUACCACCUCAGCUGGCAAGUUACUUCAUCUCUUUGUGCCUCGAUUUUCUCCUCUUAAAUAGCGAUGAUGAUAACAGUUAUAAAAACUACCUCACACGGUUGUGUGUAUCACUUGAGGUAUCACAGGUAAACCAAUUUGAAUGGCUCCAAGCACAGAGUAAAUACUAACUAGAUAUAAUAAUUCAUGAUCAUUUUAAUAUAAUAGGCUUUUAUUAUUUUUUAUUUAAGUUGUUGCUUUUUUCCUUGUAUUUUGUCAAAUAUUGUUAACAUAUAUUAUUUUUAAGUUAAUUACUCAGAUUUCCCAAUCAAGAGAACAUAAAUGAAGAUAAUUCAUUGUUUAAGAAUUAUCCUUAUGUCAUAAAUGUCAUUUUUAUCACAAAA